AUGAGCUUCAGAGUGGUGCUGCUGUCCUUCCUCCUCAUCAUGUCUGUGAGCUGGUCCAGAGGAGCCGUCAUCACAGGAGCUUGUGAACGAGACAUGCAGUGUGGUUUGGGUCUUUGCUGUGCUGUCAGUCUCUGGCUGAGAGGUCUGAGGAUGUGCAUUCCAAGGGGUGCAGAAGGGGACCAAUGCCACCCGCUGAGCCAUAAGGUACCCUACCCUGGCAAAAGGCAGCAUCACACGUGUCCGUGCCUCCCCAACUUGGUGUGCACCCGCUACGCUGGAAGCAAGUACAGAUGCACUGACGACUACAAGAAUAUGGACUUUUAA